CGUUGAUCAUUUAGAAACAGGUUAGAUAUUAAAAGAAAAGUAAGCUAAUCCGACGGUGUGGAAGUGAGAGAGAAGUGUUCGAUAGACAAGAAAAUAAAAAGAGAGAGCUGGAUCCUCCGAGAAAACCUCACUGGAAGUGACUUAGUUUGCAACUCCCGAGGUCUCUUUCUCUGUCUCUGUUUCUCUCUCUUUUUGUAAUAGUGAGUGAGUGGUGGCACAGUGCGCACCAACCUCCAUUGUCUAAGGAGAUCGCACACACAAACACAGACACCUAGUCUCCUUUUUCUUUCUCUGGAUUUGCUUUUUUUCUCGUUUGUUUGAUACAUAGCUUUCGCUUUCCUUUAAUGGGUUCUGCUUCUUUUUUGUGAAGCUACUUAAAAGCUGCUUCAUUUCCCUUUUUUAACGAACCCAUUGAGUUUGACACGCAAUGCUCCCUUAACGAACGUGAAAAAGAUUGUAGCUUUUGGUUCAAUUUGAGUUGGGAUACGAAUCGUUUAGGUUUGGUGGGGAUAUUUAUAUGGAUCCGCCGGCGAUGAUGAAUAAUGGGUCGUAUAAUUUGGCUGAGAUCUGGCAGUUUCCGGUCAAUGCAAACGGGAGAGGUCAGUUUGGACAGAGCUUGAGUGGUCAGUUUGGGGAUUCGAACGGGGAUAUUUUGCGCAAUGAUCCGAUGAAUUUGGAGCAGAGAGGAACUCGAGGUGGCGGCGGUGGAAGAAAACGCCGCGAUGUAGCGGAGGAUGACUCUGCAAAGGUCUUAUCUUCAAGCAAUGUCAAUGGCAACGGCAACGGCAACGGCAACAGAGUGAAUGAUUCAGAUGCUAAACGGCUUAAAACAUCAGGAAAUAGAGACGAGAAUCAUGAUUCUAAAACUGAAGCCGAACCCAGUUCAGGCAAGCCUGUGGAACAGAAUACUCAACCACCAGAACCACCUAAACAAGAUUAUAUCCACGUACGGGCGAGAAGGGGUCAAGCUACUGAUAGCCACAGUCUAGCAGAAAGAGCUAGGAGAGAGAAGAUAAGCGAAAGAAUGAAAAUUCUUCAGGAUUUAGUCCCUGGUUGUAACAAGGUUAUUGGUAAAGCACUGGUCCUUGAUGAGAUUAUUAAUUACAUCCAAUCGUUACAACGUCAGGUUGAGUUCCUGUCUAUGAAGCUUGAAGCAGUAAAUUCAAAAAUGAACCCAGGAAUUGAAGCAUUUCCUUCUAAAGAUUUCGGACUAACUUUUGAUACAACUGGGGUUGCAUUUGGAUCACAAGCCACAAGGGAAUACAGCCGCGGUGCAUCACCGGAGUGGUUGCAUAUGCAGGUUGGCAGUGGUUUUGAAAGAACAUAAUGAUAUGAAAAGACAACAUCAAUAGUAAUAAGAGCAUCAUCAAGAAGCACUUCUUCUUCCUUCAGUUGCUGUCAGAAUAUAUACCCUCACUAUGUUAAAUCAAAGACAGGGAACAUAUUUCCGUUUCAACAUCAUACUCGGAGCUGUCCUUGCUGUCUAAAAGGCUGGUCAAGUUAUUAUCUAAACAUCUCCAUUCAUUUGUGUGCUGGAAAAUGAUUCUUUACUCCAUAUAUUUCUUCCCCAGGCUUCAACGCCAUUCUCUAUACGAAAAACUCGAAUACUGCCUCCUAGAGUUGGGUAUUGCUCUUGUAAAAGAAAGUUGCUUGUUCAAAAUUGCUAAUGUUUACAUAUUGUAUAAACCUUUGCUUCAGAAUCGGGCUUGUUGUGAAGCUGAAGCUUGUUCAAUAAAGUAAAGCCUUUAAGAGCUCUGUAUCUGUAGAACUCCCAAGUUGAUAAAUGCUAAUGUUUAUGUUAUAA